AUGCCCCCCAAAACCGUCAUCGCCUUCGACCUCUACGGCACCGUCCUCUCCACCGCGUCCAUUUCUUCCUCUCUCUCGUCAGUGUUAUCCCUCCCGGCAGAAAAAGCAGGGGAGCUGGCUGGGUUGUGGCGGCGGUAUCAACUGGAGUACACCUGGCGGUGUAAUUCGAUGGGGAGGUACACCGACUUCGAGACCAUCACCCGCUCCUCCCUCAAACACGUCAUCCCUGAGAUCACGGCUGCCCAGACCGACACUGUCAUGGCAAGUUACAAUAACCUGUCGGUGUUUCCUGAGGUUCCGGACGCGCUGGCGACGAUGGCGGAGAAUGGGAGGCUUGUUGAGGGGUAUGUCUUUUCCAACGGGACAGAGCAAAUGAUGGGUGCGAGCGUAAAUAGGAGUUCGGAUUUGUGGAGUUUUGGGGCGGUGUUUAAGGGGUUGGUUAGCGUGGAGGGGGUGAGGAGGUAUAAGCCUGAUGCAGGGGUUUAUGAGUAUCUGGUUGGGCAGGUUGGGCGGACAGAGAAAAAGGGGGUUUGGUUGGUGAGUGGGAAUCCGUUUGAUGUGCUUGGGGCGAAGGCUGCGGGGUUGAGGGCUUGUUGGGUUGAUCGGGAGGGUGGGGGGUGGAGGGAUCAGCUUGGGGAAGGGUUGGGGGUGGAGGGGCCGGAUUUGGUUGUUAGGGGGGUUGAUGAGGGGGUUGAGGGGAUUUUGGAACGGAUCAGAUUAGGGGGGGAGGGGGGCGAAGUGUGA